UUCUGUAUAUUCCACAAACAUGGCAUUUGGGAAAAGGCUCGGGUUAAGCAGGCACAGACUAAAAAAACUUUGCAGGGAUAAAGAUGGUCAGAAACCUCUGUUGAACAACAUGAUGGCACAGCACAGUGGGGCCACAGAUGGUAAGAUGCUUAUUAUUUUUCUGCAGUUUUAGAAAAGGUCGAAAAUUUUCCUAAAGCUUUCUGAGGGAUCUCCUUCGUGUAAUAUAUAUAUAUGUAAGCAGGAGAACAUUUAUUUAACAGGGAAAGAACACAUCGGUCUGGGGUGCAUCCUGAUCUAAUCCCUACAGAGUCUGAAGUGAGAGUAGAAGUGCUCAGUCUUCUCAGAAAGACUUUGAGCACAAACUCAAAUGCCCAGGACGUUGAAAAGGCAGCUGUGAUGGUGAAUAGAUGGGGUCAAAUAAAUGGCGUUACCAUUGACCAGGGCAGAUAUCCUCAAGACUGGCUGUGUGAUUUCCUGCAGUUAAUAGACGAGUCUGUAGAGAAACACUUUUCCAUCCUUCCUGAUGAAACACAAACGUCUGAAUUUCUGAAGAGCAUUGAGAAUAUGAUGUUUAGUGAGGUGUGUCGAUUAACACCAGUACUGCAAGAUGCGGGACUGCUGGGCUAUCUGAUUCAAAGUUACAUCGAUCAGCUGUUUAUUACGUUAAACCUGCUUUUAAACAGAAACCUUACAGUGAAUGUGGUCUUCUGGCUUCUACACUGGGCAAAACGUGUUUUCUUCAGUCCACACUCACAAGAUGUCUUCAGAGUACUUGACCCUCUUCUGUUCUCAGGAUGGUUUGAGAGAGCAAAGAAAAAACUACUGACUGUAAUGAAGAAAGAGAUUGCUGGAGCUUUGCAAAACAUUCUGUGCAAUGAGGAGAAGCAUGAAGAUAAUGAGUUGUCAAUGGACGAAGAAUGGUUCAUCAGAGUGCACCUUGAUGUCACUCAGUGUCUGCAUGGUACUAUUGAAAAUGCCAAAACCUUUAGUUUGACUUUGAUGCAUAAGGUACAGAUUCUCUGUCUUGAAGAGCUUCAUAGGUUCGUCCAGAACUACGCACAUGCAGAAAAAAGGCGUCUGGAUGAUCUGCCGCCCCUGAAGAAAAAUUUAGUGUACCUGUGUCGGAUAGUCAGUAACUGUGGAAAACUAAGAUGUUUGGCUGCCCAAAUCCACAAACUGGAGGAAAACAAAAGUGAAAAUGACUUAAACACCAUCUGCCUGUUAAAGAAACUGGAAGAUCUUGUCCUAUCAAUUGUGCAAAAUAUAAUGAAACAUAAAGCACAGGUGAGUUUUAAAAGUUAUUUCGAAAAAGGUGAAGAGUGUAAUCUGAUGGAGGAAAUCCAAACACAUUGUAAAUCUAUACCUCAGACUGAAGCAGCAGAGGAGAUCAAAACAAUCAUUGUGAAUCUGACAUACGACUGUGUUUCCCGUGUUUAUUUGGAUUGUCUGAUGAAGAGCAAAUCCAAAAAGCUGGAGAGGAGAUGGGGAAAUGUUGAAACAAUAAUAAAUCAGGAUGUUCUCUAUUUCCACGACAAAUUCACUCAACUGAAUUGCAGCGUUGAACAGAACCAGCUCCUUCAUAGAAUGUGCGAAGUUUUGUUUUGCAGCGACAAGUCAGCAAUGGAGCUUACAUGUGCUACUUUGUUCAAAGACUUUCCAGAAGAGAGUCAGCAUUAUUUGCCCGGGCUGCUGCGCUGGAAGAGGACGUUAUCAAAGCAACAAGUAAAGGAGAUUUUGGAUGUGGGUCAAUGUCCGAAUGCAGCUCAUGCAAAGCGAAGUCAUCCCCUGAAAAGCAUUUGCUGUUGUCUUAGUGGUUAAAAAAAACACUAUCAGGGAAUUUUCAACAAAU